UGAGCGUAUCAUCACCAUCGAUUCUGACUCGGCACCAAGUGGGCAACAAACUAUAUCAGGGUCCAACUUUGGGCCGAUUCCUGCACUCCUGGCUGUCCGCUUCGAGCUCGUGUAGACAACAGCUAUGUCUUCCGAUACGUCCAAUCUCGUCGAGCUCUUCAAAUCCAUAGGUCUCUCCCAGUCCAAGGCUGCAGAGGCCGCAAAGUCUCAGAAAAGUGCCGCCGUACUCAGGGAUCUCGUAGAAACCCCCGAUUACGGCGUGAACGGGCGAGUGUUAGAUGAGAAACAGGCAUCGCUGCUGGCAGCCUUCGCGAAGAUCAAGGAAGUGCAGGACCUCGGUGUUGAAGAAAGGAAAUACGCCGUUCAUGCGAUCUUAGACGGGCGACUCAAGACCACAGAUCAGGUUACAGCCGCUGCCAAGCACUUGGAGUCUCAUCGUGCGCCCGUCGACAGCGCGGACUUCGAUAAGGAAUGCGGUGUAGGAUUCAGUAUUACGCCAGAAGACCUGUUUGCCCGUGUCAGCGACUUCAUCACCUCGCAGGCAGAAAAGAUCACAGGAUGGUCUAAUCUCGGUGCUGCCAUGAACGGCUUGAAGAGUAUCCCUGAUUUGCGGUGGGCGAACGCUCUUGAGAUGAAGAACGCGGCCGAGCGUGUCUUCACAGAGAAGUUUGGCGCGAAGGGUUCAGCUCCCCCGAAGCUGAAGGAGCCUAAGAAUGGGCCCACAGAGAGCAAGAAGAAGGCAGUGGCCACAGACUCGACGCCUUCAACUUCUACACGAUCGGUAUUUGAGGAAGGUUUUCUGGGCGCACUUCAUAAACCCGGAGAAAACCCCCAAAUUCAUUCGCACCUCCGCGAGCAGCACCUGGCAGCGACCGGUGGCAAAGUUUUCACCCGAUUCCCGCCCGAGCCCAACGGUUUCCUGCAUAUCGGACAUUCUAAAGCAAUUUUCAUCAACUUCGGGUAUGCCGCGCACCACGGCGGCCACUGUUAUUUACGUUAUGACGAUACCAAUCCGGAGGCGGAAGAAGGUCGAUAUUUUGAAAGCAUCCUAGAGACCGUUCGGUGGCUCGGGUAUGAACCGUGGAAGAUCACCUACUCGAGCGAUUACUUUGAAAGGUUGUACGAAUUGGCUGAGGAGCUCAUCCAGAGAGGGAAGGCCUAUAUGUGCCAGUGUUCUGAGCAGGAAAUCAAGGCGAAUCGUGGGCUCAAGGUGGCUCAACCGAAGCCCUGCGUUCACAGAGAAAAAUCGGUUGCGGACUCGCUGUCGGAGUUCAGGGCGAUGAAGGAGGGCAAGUACAAGGAAGGAGAGGCCGUUUUGCGCAUGAAGCAAGAUCUUACCGACGGCAAUCCGUAUAUGUGGGACCUCAUCGCGUAUCGAGUGGUCGAUGCUCCUCAUCAUCGCACUGGAACCCAAUGGAAAAUUUACCCAACGUAUGACUUUACUCACUGCUUGGUCGAUAGUUUCGAGAACAUUUCACACUCCUUGUGUACCGUCGAAUUCAUCGCGGCGCGCCAAUCGUACGAAUGGCUAUGCGACGCGCUCGAGGUCUACAAACCAAGGCAAUCGGAGUAUGGCAGGUUGAACCUUACUGGCACGGUGAUGUCAAAGCGCAAAAUACUGGCCUUGGUGAAUGAAGGCCAUGUGAGGGACUGGGACGACCCUCGCCUAUACACUCUGAUUGCACUUAGACGGCGGGGUGUCCCUCCGGGAGCGAUCGUAUCCUUCGUUUCCUCCUUGGGAGUUUCAACGUCUCCCUCGACACUGCAGCUUGCGCGCUUUGAGCAGGCCGUCAGGCAGUAUCUCGAGAAUUCAGCCCCACGUCUCCUCAUGGUCCUCCGUCCAUUGAAGGUCACUCUUGACAACGUUCCCGAGGAUUACGUCGAGUUCGUGGAGAAACCUCUACACCCUAAGGUGCCCGAGCUAGGCAUCAGUAGGGUUCCGUUCGCCCGCACGUUGUACAUCGACCGGGACGACUUCCGACUGCAGGAUUCCAAAGAAUAUUUCCGCCUCGCCCCCGGCAAAACCGUUGGACUGUUUUCCGCUCCGGCUCCUAUCACAUGCACUUCCUUCAAGACUGAUGAUAAUGGCGAAGUUACGGAGCUCAUCUGCAAGCUUGAACAAGGCAGCACGAAGAAACCAAAAGCGUUCAUCCAAUGGGUAGCCGAGCAUCGGCCGUCUGGCAGCCCCGUCAUUGUCGACGAAACGCGAAUCUUUCACCCCCUGUUCAAGAGUGACAACCCGGCGGCGGCACCGGACUUCAGGGCAGACAUCAACCCGAGCAGCUUGGAGGUCAUCAGUGGCGCUAUGAUCGAAGUCGGUUUCUGGUCGCUUGCCAAAAGGUCGUAUGUUCAGGCGCGGAUAGAGAGCAAGGCACGAACUGCUAAGGCAAAGCAGGAAAAUCCCGAAGCUGCAGCCGCUUCUGAGGCUAGCGACACUCCGGAGGUCAGCAGCGAGCAGUUGAUAGGGAAGGAGUGCGUACGCUUCCAGGGUCUUCGGGUUGCCUACUUUGCGUUGGACAAGACAGCCAAGGUUGGAUGCCUGGAUAUGCCUGAUGACUCGCCUGCAGGCCCCGCCGAUAAUGAUCGGAUAGUGCUUAAUCGCAUAGUCAGCUUGAAGGAAGAUUCGGGUAAAGCUGUGGUGUGAACGUACAGUACCCCUGGAUUUCGCUAUCAACGUGUAUGGUCCACUUCACUAUCGACCGUUGCAUUACGUGUGACGAUAUAUUACAUUGAUGAUAUCUAGAGUGUACGGUUUUUAUCACACACAAACACGCUGAUCAUCCGGGGUAUAAACGUCCAACUUGCUCUGCUUCCUUGCGACGUCGCUCUCCUUUCUCUCGAUUUGGCGCAUCUUUGCAUGAGGCGCCGUAUUUAGCGAGUUUAUCCAGUAAAGCUCGCAAACGUUUAGGUUUGACACAAGCGUAUGAGGAUUGACGCGUGGCAGGAACGAGGUAGUCCUGCACAGCGUCCGACAUAGCUAUCGAAGUGGUCAGGCGCAAUUCUACGAAGACCUCGGACAAAUGACCUCUUCCAAUGCUCCGGAAUUGGUCGUCGAGGAAGUCAACAUCCACCAGUACAUUUGACACAGCAUUCUCGUUGAUCGACGCGGUGUUGGGCCCAACAAGGAAAUCCAUCAAACAGUUCGCGACAUGCGCGGCAGCGCCGCGAUAAGCAUCGUCCUUGUAGGUUUCCUUGAUGACAAGUCCGUCCACCACCGUAGUCAGCCAAUUGACCAGUUCGUAGAGGUACAUGCUAGGAGCAUCUUCGCGUAUAGCCGGUGUCCAGUCAUACUCGGAAAGCUCGAAUAUAUUGUCGAGUUUUGAGGUUAUCAAUUCAGUAAGUCGUGCCAGCGCGCGUGUGAGGGUGGACUGGAAGGAUGGGGAGGCCGUUAUCCUCACUAUCCCUCCGUGGGAAGUCGUAAGAGCACGCUCCAGUUCGACGCAGGCCACUUGGAAGUGCUCGAGAUUGGUGACAAUCUGAGCGAUUUGCGUGAGUGUGGAUGUCUUCGCGAGCUGUCGUCCAACACUCUCGCUGACACUUUCGAUUAGGAGUUUAUCGAGGGACUGGCAAAACAUCAAUAUGGUCUGCUAUGCCCAUGGGGCAAAGUACCUUGCUAAGCAAAUCAUCGCUUUUGCGGGUGUGUUGCGAGACGCCUUCGAUGAACUGAUAAAACUUGCCAACGAAUGUCUCAAUACUCUGGCAGCAUUGGUAGAACAUCUGCGACCAAGGAAAAUCGAGCGGGGGCGACGACCUUGUGAUAUCGUCUCUUUCGCUCCUAUGAAUGAAAACUGCCUUCAGUAUGGCGUCCCUUUCGGAGCUGGUAUCCGCAUGCAUGGGUACUAAUUCAUCGGCGGACACGGACUCUUCGAAGGUCCUGCUGAACUGCUUUUCCAGAAGUUGGGCAUAUUUCUCGAACAUCACAGCCAGGAAGGAGUGUAAAGGACUUGUCGCGUACGAAUACGACUCCAUGGUUAUGAUGAAUGAUAUCAAGGUCUCUUUCACAUUGAGAUAUACAUCCGCAGUAUUCUCAAGCUUCAGCGAAUAGGUGAUCCCAGCCGUCAGCUGACGUAAAAGCGCAUCCCACAGCUCCUGAACUUCUCGAAUAGAGCGGAAGUCGCCCGUGGUGCGAAGUACAUUGGUCUCAAUGAUGAAGAAACCCACAAUCUCCUGUGUGUAGGUAGCAAGAGAUUGCAACGGUAUCGGUACGGGAAGGAUCAAUUCCGAUUGUGUCUUGCGAUCAGCUUGAUAGGAUUUCCGGAGUUCUUCAAUGGAGUCCAACGCGGUGUAUAUAUGGAUGCUCUGAUACAACGGCUUGAAGUCUACCUUGAGCUUAUCGUUAUCAAGAGCGUUGAAUUCGGACUUCUCAUAAGUUACAAGUUCCACGGCACUGCCAACGCGGCUACGGACGAGCAUUGGGUCUUUCUCCCUCCGACUUCGCCACUUUCUCGUGCGUACUUCCAUCGCCUCCAAUGCCAGUUGACCAACCUGACCGCUAAGAUUGCGGACAUCCAGCAGCCAUUGGUUCGUUGAUGCUGUGACAGCCUCCUUAAUCUGCACUCUUAGGGAUGGUAAAGAUGAGAGCAGAUGUUGAUAGAAAGGGGUUUGUGACAACGACGUUGGGGGCAUGCUUUGAAUAUCUUCCAGGGACCGCAGAGCGCUCCAGUACUUGCCUUCUUUCACCAUCUCUCCAACCCGGUUAACGAUAUCAAGCACACGAAGGCAGGCCUGCAGGGAGUCAAUGGCCUCGUCAAGGUUUGAUGCAGUCUUCUUCGUCUGCAGCAAUGCGCGUUUCUUCUCUACCAGACCGCGACCAACCUGUGAAACAUUUUGAUCCAAGGAGGUGAUCUUUUCUCGGAGGCUGGUAGUGUACGAACGAAUGGAGAACAACGUGGAUACCGAGGAGAUAAAGUCCUGGUAGUUAUCGCCGCAUAUUUUCUCGAUCUCCGCAUCCUUUGAAUCCACCAAAGCUUUGACGGUCCGUAAGUAUGCCUCCUGCUGACGAUUUUGGUGUAUCUGGCGGAUGAUCGGUCCUAGUUGCUCAAGAUUCUCGGUAGUCGAUGAUGGAUCCAACAGAUGUAUUUGCUGUAGCUGUUGGUCGAUAUUCUCUUGGGUGAACUGAGGGCGCUUGCGGGGAGGCAUAUUGGUGCCAACGGUUCAAACAGAAGAAAGGCGUUCACUAUACUAGGCACCGGCGGAG